AUGGCUGGAGCAGUCUUACAGCAACAGGGCAACAGUCCCUCUAACACACCCUCCGUCUCUGCAUCAGACACCGACUCAACCGGCGAUUCCAAACCCGCCGUCCAUGUCUUCAACGAGCAGACCAACUAUGUGCCUCCCAGAACUAUCAUCACGAUCUUCCUCGCCUGCUCGACAGUCGACCUCAUCGCCCUGAUGGACCAGACCACCCUGGCCGCCAGUCUGUCCAUCAUCGGCAACGCCCUGCACGCCAGCGACCAGACCUCCUGGAUCUCCGGCGGAUACUUUGUUACAUCAACCUGCUUCCAGCUCCUCUACGGCCGUCUCUCCGACAUCUGGUCGCGGAAGCUCGUCCUCUUCGUCGGCCUCUUCAUCUUCUUCACAGGCAGCCUCGCCGCCUCGCUCGCCCAGUCCGCCACGCAGCUGAUCGUCUUCCGCGCCUGGACCGGCGUCGGCGGCGGCGGCCUGAUGACCGUCGCGCAGAUGAUCGUCAGCGACGUCGUGCCGCUGCGCGAGCGCGGCAAGUACCAGGGGAUUCUGGGCGCCGUGGUGGCGAUCGCGAACGGCAUCGGCCCCGUCAUCGGCGGUGCGCUGGCGGCCACCGCCCCGGACGGCUGGCGCUGGAUCUUCCGGCUCAACCUGCCGCUGACGGCGCUGUGCGCCGCCUGCGUGUUCUGGUUCAUGCCGCUGCGCAAGGUGACGGGCGACUGGCGCGUGAAGCUGGCGGCGGUCGACUUUGCCGGCGCGGCGCUCGCGCUCGGCGGCACCGCCGUGCUGCUGCUGGGGCUGAACUGGGGCGGCGGCGAGUAUGCGUGGCGGUCGGCGCAGGUCGUCGCCACGCUGGUGGUUGGCGGUGUCGUGUGCGCGCUGUUUGUGGUGUGGCAGUGGAAGGGCGCGCGGUAUCCGCUGGUGCCGAUGCAUAUCUUUGCCUCGCGCAUCGUGAACGGCGCCUGUCUGACCAUGUUCAUUAACGGGUGGAACUUUCUCGUCCAGGUGUACUAUAUCCCGACGUUCUAUCAGCUCGUGUUUGGGUACUCGACCGUCAAGGCGGGUGCGAUGCUCCUCCCCAUCACGCUGAUGCAGACGGUAAGCAGCACCGUCUCCGGCUUGGUCGUCCACUGGGUCGGCCGGUACAGAGAGUGCAUCCUCUUCGGCUGGAUGAUCUGGGCCGUCGGUCUGGGCCUCUUCUCGACCCUCGACAAGUCCUCCGGCCUGGGAAAGCAGAUCGGAUAUGGACUGUUGACGGGCGUGGGCGUAGGAAACACUCUGCAGCCUGCCCUCAUCGCCGUGCAAGCCGGCGUCGACCGCCGCGACAUGGCCGUCGUGACAUCUUUCCGCAAGUACGUCUCACGGCCCAUACUAGAGAGCAUAGAGACUGACUCAAGCAGCUUCGUCCGAAACUUGGGUGGAACCCUCGCUCUCGCCAUCGCCGGAACCAUCAUCUUGGGACUGUCGGACUCUGAACAGCGGGCUUUCCUGUCCAGUCCUCAAAACUACCUCUCCAAACUUCCAGCCGACGAAGCAGAACAUGCGCGCGCACUGCUAAUUCCGGCGUACAAACGCGGGUUCCGCAUCAUUUUCCUCAUUGGGGCGGCAUUGGCAGCAUUGGCCUUCGUCUUGGCCUUUGUCCUGAUGCCGCAGGUAGGCCUGAAACGAGACGACGAUGAAAAGCUCAAGGCGGAAGGCCGCAUGAGGGUGAAGGGCGAGAUUGGACAUGACGAUGUCGAGCAAGAGCCGACAGCUCAGACGGGUCAGGGCCUACAGAACGAGAGGGAAGCUGAAAAGAACACAGAGAAAAACUAG